UUACUAACGUGGUGCUUCAAAAGACACAAACAAUCGUCCACGGCACCAAGUCUGUGGAGUAAUUUCACUUUUUUACAAGAUAUAACCUCUUGAAAGAGCGAUGGGACGUGAGUCGAGACACUACAGGAAGCGCUCUACGUCUCGGGGCCGGUCAGGCAGCCGAUCAAAGAGUCGCUCCCCAGACAAACGCUCCAAGAAGGACGACCGGGACCGGAACAGGAGGGAGAGGUCCCGCAGCCGAGACCGCCGGAGGUCCCGUUCCAGAGACAGAAAACGACCCAGGCGCUCCAGGAGCAGAGAGAGGAGGAGGUCCAGGAGCAGAGACAGGAGGAGGUCGGGCAGCAGGACCCGGGCCCGGAGGUCCCGAUCUGGAAGCAAGAGCAGAAGGCCUGAUGAAAAGCCAAGGAGCAAGGAGAAAGACAACAUUGAUCCUUUAUCUGACAAGAAAAAGAUAAAAGAGGAGAAAGAGGAUGAGAAGAUUGAGGAUCAAGACUUUGACCAGAACAAGCUUGAGGAGGAGAUGAGGAAGAGGAAGGAGCGUGUGGAGAAGUGGAGGGAAGAGCAGAGGAAGAAGGCCAUAGAGAACAUCGGGGAGAUCAAGAAAGAACUGGAGGAGAUGAAGCAGGGCAAGAAGUGGAGCUUGGAGGAUGACGAAGAUGAUGACGAGGAUAUGUCGGCUCCAAUGGAGGGGGACGAUGAGGAAGAAGGGGAAGAGAAGGGGGAGGAUAAAGAGAAGGAGAUGAUAAAGGAGGAGAAAAAAGAGGAGGGUGAGACGGAGCAGGAGACCCCUAUGGAGCAGGAGGAGGAGGAGGACGACGUGGACACUCUGGACGCCUACAUGGAGGCGGUGAAACAGGAAGUGAAGAAGUUCAACAUGGGAUCCAUGAAAGGAAAUGAUAAGAAAGGAGGAACAAUGUCAGUAACCAAAGUGAUGACUGUUGUUAAAACCAAGAAGGGACCCAACACUCACAAGAAGAAGGGUGAGCUGAUGGAGAACGACCAGGAUGCUAUGGAAGUAAGUAACACGAGUAACACUCGUUCAUGA